AUGCGAGGCCUAACCCGAUCAACACUCUUUCACAAGAAAUCCAAGAGCAGUCUACGAGGCGGAAAUUACAGCUUCGAGGACCACGCUUCUGCCCAUGCUCGGAAAUGGAGCACUUCCAGCACUGCCUCUCACGCAUCAUCUACCGCAAGCGGUCACGAUAGGAUGUACGACCCGUUAUCCCUACAUCCACCACUAAGCCUCAACACGUCACCUCACAUUAUUCCUGAGUACGAUGAGGUACGAUAUCAAGAAGACGAAGAACGCGAGCACCGUUUCUUCAACCAAACUCGACAUGUCGAGGAUCACAUCCAGGACUCGGCCGCAUAUUCGCCUGUCAAGGGCCAAAAUUGCUACUUCCAACGGCCGGCGGGUGGACGCCCGUACAUUUACGACCAGACUGUCCAAUGGCCCCUCAAGGACUGGCAAGCUAUCCCUCCGGGGCUAGCCGAGCUGGACUCUUCAGCCUCAUCAGCUUCAUCGUCGUCUGCAGGCUCACCGACCAGGCCUACCAAUCACCGUCGGCGACCCACUGAGUGGAUGAAUGACAGGGACGCCCUGCUAAAGAGGGGUGACUGGAAGCGUCGGGGUAUCGUAUUCCACCUCGACUCCGAGGAGGAACAGGAGCAGGAGCAGCACUUUGAACUGCCGCUUUCUGAAUGA